AUGGCUCCGCAAACAGAGGUCGGCCAAAAGGCUGCCAAAGUCGCAGCAGUAGCAGCUGGCGCAUCGGCAAAGGAUGCUGAGAGGGAGUCGACUGCUGCUCGAUUACUGGGUGCUGGCAGCGCAGGCAUCGCCGAACUCAUCGUCUUCCACCCCGUCGACACCAUCGCCAAACGCCUCAUGUCCAACCAAUCCCGCAUUGCCUCCGCCUCCCAGCUCAACUCCGUCAUCUUCAAGUCCUCCGCCUCCGAGCCCGCCGUCCGCCGCUUCUUCACCCUCUUUCCCGGCCUCGGCUACGCCGCCGCGUACAAGGUCCUGCAGCGCAUAUACAAGUACGGCGGGCAGCCCUUCGUCCGGGACUACCUGAGCAACCACCACGGCAGCGUUUUCGACCAGACUUUUGGACGAGGCAAUGGCAAGGCGAUGAUGCACGCGACGGCGGGGAGUUUGAUCGGCAUAGGCGAGAUCGUGCUCCUGCCCCUCGACGUACUCAAGAUCAAGCGGCAGACGAACCCCGAAGCCUUCCGCGGUCGCGGCGUGAUGCGCAUUGUAGCCGACGAAGGCUUCUCUCUCUACCGCGGCUGGGGCUGGACAGCAGCGCGCAACGCACCCGGAUCCUUCGCGCUCUUCGGUGGUUCGGCGGCCGCGAAGCAGUACCUCUUUAAGCUGGAGGACUACAACUCGGCGACGUGGCUGCAAAACUUCGUCGCCUCGAUCGCGGGUUCGUCGGCGAGUUUGUUGGUGUCGGCGCCGUUGGAUGUGGUGAAGACGCGGAUACAGAAUCAGAACUUCGAGGUCAAACAGUCCGGGGCGAAGAUCAUUGCGAACAUGGCGAGGCAGGAGGGUCCGACGGCGUUCUUUAAGGGACUGGUGCCGAAGCUGUUGAUGACGGGGCCGAAGCUGACGUUCAGCUUUUGGUUGGCGCAGACGCUGAUACCGACGUUCAACAAGAUGAUGUAG